CCAGCGAAGAAGAAGAAGAAGAGGGAAAAAACAGUAAAUAAAAUGGGUUGCUAACAGCUGUACCCUUUUCUGCUUAGAAUCCUCCUGGAGACAAACAUUUGAGCUAAAUAUAUAUCAGAUUACAGGAAACAUGUCUUCCGUCCAGCCGCAGAAGGAGUUUAUCAACCAGCAGAGGACUCCUGUUGAAGAAACCUUAUCAGAGUUUAAAGAAAUCAUCGUCAAGGCCGAGGAAGAGAGCGAUGAUCAGAGCAGACAGCUGGAUUUCACUCGGACACCCCAGAUAAUCUUACACCGAAUAGACUUACCAGUGCUUCAUGUUGUAAAGAAGGAGGUUCUUGUCCAAGAGCGUCGCUUUGACCCAGAAAGGAUCUCCCACUUAGACAUGGAGGAAGCAGAACUACUGAUGAAAAAAGAAGAGUGGGAGAAGAAACUGGAAGAGCAAGAGAUAAAAAAAGAGCAGAAGGAUAUAUCAUAUCAUGAGAUAAAAGAAGAGCAGGAGGAGCUAGCAUGCUACAAGAUAAAAGAAGAGCAGAAAUAUCUAGCAUGCCAUGAGGUAAAAGAAGAGCAAGAGGAGCUAUCAUAUCAUGACAUAAAAGAAGAGCAAGAAGAGCUGGAACAUCAGAUGAUAAAAGAAGAGCAAGACAGUCCAGAUAAAGAGAAAGUUGUGGUGAAGUUGGAGACUGAUAUCUUCACGUUGACUCCUACAAGUGAUGACAAAUAUCACACAGAAUUAAACAGAAAUCUACUUAUGUCUCUGGACUCUAUUGAUGCUCAGAACCAGGAUAACGAAGGAAACAGUUCUAAUUAUUCAGGAUCAAAUGAAGAUGAACAGCUGAAGAGAAAUGAGAGCUGCUGGAAAUCUGGACAGCAUGAUGGCAAUGCUGAUGGUACAAAACAAAAUGGCCUCCACAAAACUCAGGAUAGAGAUUUGUAUUCUUGUAUAAUUUGUGAGAAAAACUUUUCUGAAAACAGUUUACUAACUAAGCACAUGAAAAUUCACACAGAUGAGAGACUUUUUUCAUGCAAGAUUUGUGGAAAGAUUUCCAGCCAAAAAGGCCACUUAACUGCUCACCUCAGGACUCACACAGGUGAGAAGCCUUUCGCGUGCAAGAUUUGUGGAAAAGCUUUUGGUCAAAAAGGUACAUUAACUGAUCACAUGAGCGUUCACACAGGCGAGAGGCCUUUUUUCUGCAAGAUUUGUGGAAAAAGUUUUCGUCUAAAAAAUGCUUUGCGAUGUCACAUGAUAACCCAUACAGGGGAGAAACGUUUCACUUGUGAGGUUUGUUUAAAAACCUUUAGUCGAAACGGCCGUUUAACUCUUCACAUGAGAAGUCACACAGGUGAAAAGCCUUUCUUGUGCAACAUUUGUGGAGAUGGUUUCUGCGAAAAAGAAAUUUUAACUGAUCACUUGAAAACGCACACUGGUGUGAGGCCUUUCACUUGUAAAAUUUGUGGGAAAGGUUAUAGUCGAAAAGGUGGUUUAGCUAUUCACAUGACAAUUCACACAGGUGAGAAGCCUUUGUCGUGUGCGGUUUGUGGAAAGGGUUAUUGUAAAAAAGAUUUGCUUAAAGUCCACAUGAGAGUCCACACAGGUGAGAGGCCUUUUUCAUGCACGAUUUGUGGAAAAACUUAUACUCAAAAAGGUCAAUUAACAGAUCACAUGAAAACUCACACAGACGAAAGGCCUUACUCAUGCACAUGGUGUGGAAAAAGUUUCCAUUACAAGAUUAGUUUAACUAAACACGUAAAUAUUCACACAGGUGAGAAGCCUUACUCUUGCAUAUUUUGUGAAAAACGUUUCCGUGUAAAAUGUAAUUUAAAUGUUCACAUGAGAACUCACACAGGUGAGAAACCUUAUUCAUGCAAGAUUUGUGACAAAGGUUUCUGUACAAAUUCUAAUUUAACUCUUCACAUGAGAACUCACACAGGUGAAAAGCCUUUUUCUUGCAAGAUUUGUGACAAACGUUUCAGCAAAAACGGUCAAUUAACUGUUCAUAUGAGAAUUCACACAGGUGAAAAGCCUUUCUCCUGCAAGAUUUGUGACAAACCUUAUAGUAAAAAAGCUCAUCUAACUGUUCACAUGAGAGUUCACAAAAGUGAGAAGUCGAUCUUGUGCUAGUUAAGUUUUUUUUAUGGACCCUUCAAAGGAUAAUUCAAAGUGCUGUGUAGUGUAGUACUGUUGCCUUGCAACAAGAAGGUCGUGGCAUGUGUGCGUUCUCUUUGGGUACGCCAGCUUCUUCCCACAGUCCCCAAAACAGUCCUCAAAAAACAUGGACUGUUGGGUUAAUUGGAAGGCAAGGUAAUUUCUCCAAUGACUUACUUAAACGGGUUGCAUUAUAUGUUGUAUUCCAGAUGGAGAUAAAGAAUGAGUCUUCUGACUGUGCCUCUUGUAUUAGAUUAGCUGCAGCUCUCUGUCCCUCUGUUUAAUAUGUAGAAGAGGACAAAAUAACAUAUCUGUUUAAUGUUUGAAUUGUAUCCAGGGCAGAAUAAUAAAUUGGAUUGCUAAUC